AUGAAACCCGAUAUCCAAUCAAUUGUCGAUCGCAUCAAGACUGGAAAUGCCACGCGGAUUGUCGUCUUGACUGGCGCUGGAAUCAGCACUGGCGCCGGGAUCCCAGAUUUCAGAUCUCCAAACACAGGACUGUAUGAUAAGCUCGCUCCACUCCGACUCCCAUACCCAGAGGCCAUUUUUCACAUCAAUUAUUUCUCCCACACGCCUGAGCCAUUCUACGCAAUUGCCCGGGCACGUCACCCAGGCAAUCUCAAACCGACUGUCACCCAUGCUUUCCUGGCACUGCUAGCGAAGAAGAAUCUGCUCCAUUUUCUUUUCACUCAAAAUAUUGAUGGGCUUGAGCAAGAUUCUGGGGUUCCCACUGAAAAGGUUCUCUGGGCUCAUGGAAACUGGAAAAGUCAACAUUGCUAUAAAUGCAAGUCGCCAUAUCCCGGUGAUCUCAUGAACAAAGCAAUUCGAGCAGGCGAAGUGCCGUACUGUCUUGAGACCGGGUGCGGUGGUGCGGUGAAGCCAAAUGUUGUAUUCUUUGGGCAAGCUCUGCCGGCUGAAUUUGAUGAAAAAGAGAAAGUAGUCCUCGAGGCCGACUUGAUGCUUGUUAUGGGAACUAGUUUGAGGGUGGCACCUUGCUCUAGGCUGCCAGGUCUAGUAAAAGAGGGGAUUCCUCGGGUUUUGAUCAACAAUGAAAAGGCAGGAGAUCUGGGUAAUCGAGAUGAGGAUGUGUGCAUACUCGGAAGUUGUGACGAUGGUGUUCGUCAAUUAGCUGAUGCACUUGGGUGGGGAGAGGACUUGACCGAUCUCUGGAAUGAAGCAGUCGCUGCUAAGAAAGACGAUGAAACAUUCGAGGGUGGCCCUAGCUUAGAUGAGUGUAUUGAGAAAUUGGCUAAUGGCAUGAAGGACAAGAUGAAGGUGUCGGAUGGGCACAGACGCAUGUUGGAGAACCAUUUGAACAACAAACUUGAGCAGAUGAUAGCGAAAGGCCCUGCACAUUCAUAG